AUGGGAUUGAAUUUUGAAAGCUUGGGUUUAUUAGAUCAGGGAUUUGUAAAUCUAUUGAUUGAAAGACCAUUGCAAAUAUUUGCAUUUUGUGCUCAAUGCAAUGCUAAAAUGUGGGUUCGUAAUGGAUUCGCUGUUCAACAAUCUAUGACGAAUCUAUUCAGUCCAUCAAUACGUGUUGAAUUAGUUGAUCGUGAUCUACAAUUAUUACAAAUUGCUAGUUGUGUUCUACCACCGGAUGAAUUUAUUGUUCGUUUAAUACACAAAUUUCAUUUGGGUAAUUAUUUAAAGACCGAUGUCUCAUCUAAAGAACCCGGUCUUGGUCGUGUACAUGCAGUGGAAAUGUUGUUACGCGUAAUAUUGGCAUGUGUUUCUAAUCGUUCACGUCCUUCAAUGGGUUAUUUUGCCAAAGACUACUACAUGAUGAACGAUUCUAAUAAUAAACUGUUGAGUUGUUUGGAUGAUAUCCUGAUUGAUACUGAAUCGGAAAUUUACUAUCCGAGCCUAAUUAAUGAUGUGAUACAUACAUUAUGCCUGAAACCUUUAAGUUAUAGUGAAUUAUUAUCCGUUCUUCCAUAUCAAAAUGCAAAUAGUUUAUUGUUAAGAGUUCCAACGGAACAAUCGGAUUCAACACAUCAUCAAUCAGAUCAAUCAGACCAUGAAAUGAGCACAGAAGAAAUACAACAAUCGUCAACAGCAUGUCCUAUAGAUUUGGGCUCCAGACCACCAGUUUUACCAGCUUCAAUAUCAAGAAGUGCUAAUAAACGUGCUAUAGAAAACGCAUUACCUAAAAUAUUACGUAAACUAGCCGUACAAUCAUCGGUGAAUAACCGUACAGUGUUCAGUAUACGACCAGAAUAUAUGGCAUAUCGAUUUAAUCGAUUUUAUUGGGGAUAUAGACAUCCGGAACAAACAGCUGCUGAAGCAAAUGUUUCUAAAUGUUUAAAGAAAUGGAUUCAAGAACAAAAUAAUAUUGAUUUAAAAAAUCUUCCAAUACCACCACCGGCUCCUCGUCCUUUACACAAAUUUACACCAUCUGUUUAUCCUGGUCCAUUACAUAUUAUUCAAUGUGUUACAUUUGUACGUUUAAUUAAAACAUUAUUAGAUAUUGCCUAUUCUCAUGGAACAUCAGCCUCAUGGUGGUCACAUAGUCUACUAGAUUUGUUACUACAUUUGAUUACUGUUGCACUGUAUGAAGAUGAAUUAAGUGGGCGUAAAACUGGUUCAUAUCCGUUUUUGAUAGCCGUUACCCGUGUCCCAGAACAUAGUGAAUCUGAUUCUGAAUUAAAAGAGCUUGCACGUUCCGGGCAUUGGUUACAGUCAGCCACAAUCGAUAAAUCUGUUUUGUUCACACUUUUAAACAAUAAUUGUAUAACUUCUCGAUUGAUACGCAUAUUGAAUUCUACAUAUCAUGAUGAUCAUUCAGAUUUGAUUAGAUGGACUUUGGAUUAUUGGAAUAAAGUUGUACAAAGUAUGACAGGUGAACAACAGUUUGUUCAUAAUCCUUCGUCUGAAUUUGGUGAAGUAAAGAAGGAACCUUCAUCUUAUCAGUUGUCAAGUGCACUAGUCAAACAAGAUCGUGCAGAGAAAGCGCGAGCUCGACGUGCCCGAAUUAUGGCACGUAUGUCAAACAUGCAAAGAAAUUUUAUGGAUUCCUUAUCACAGAAUGAGGCAACUACAAAUGAAGCUGAAUUAAUGGAUAUUGAUUCUCCUGAAGUGAUGAACGAUACUGUUAAUCAGUCAACAAUAACACAACCUGAAUCAAUCAUUUCAACUGUAGUACAACAAUGUGCACUUGGUCCAACAAGAUCUUUAGGUGGUGCUGCUUUCAUUAUAUCAGAUUCAUCAGUUUCACGAGGAAUGGAUAGUUCAAGUCUACAAAAUAAUGAAUUAGUCACUUGUAAUUUAUGCUUGGAAGAAGUAACAGAACAUGCAUCGAAUCGAAUGGUUAUGGCUGCGCAUGUUUGCCGAUCUUCUGUACUAUCUUCACGUGGUAUUGGAUGGUUAGAAGGUCCUGUCACAAUGUCUGUCGUUGAGCGUUUAUGUGUUGAAAAUGAAAUGAUUGGUUCCGAAUCCUCAACAGUUGUUGGUAACCAUCCAGUGCAUUAUGAUAAAAUAUUUCCUGCUAACAAAAUUCAUAAUGAUGACAAUCAGCUUAUUCCUUUUCUGGCAUCAGUAUCGACAACAGCUGCGGCUAAAUGUGCCGGUUCUUCAAGAAUGGGGCUUCGAAUUAUUCCUGAAUUAUUAUCUGGUAUACGAUGUCUAGAGCUACGAAAGGAUACUUCUAUGUCAAUUGAUUUCACAAAUAAAAAUGCUCUUGGUCCUGGCUUAAUUGAUCAGUUACUCGAUAGUUAUGGUCUAUCAUCAGAUCAAGAUAUCAAUCAUUCAUUUAUAUUAGAUCCUUGGCAUCCACGACCUUUAGUUUCUAGUCGUGAUCCAAUUUCAGAGGAAGGAUCAUUUUUCACUUUUUGUUCACAUCCCAUGCAUGCUGCAUGUAAAACAAAAUAUGCAAGACAGAUAAAAGGUCGAGUGGAUCAUCUAAAUCGCAGUCGUAAUUCAUCAAUGGUGGUAUUUGAAUUUCGUUGUCCAUUAUGUAAAUGUAUAUCUACAUUGGAUUUACCAAUGUUAGGUCCAAUUUAUUUAGAUCUUCCUAUUGAAUGGUUAAAAUCAAGAUUAUUAUCUUCGAAUGAUGAACAUUUAAAUCGAUCCCGGUCUGUCGCUUCUGUUACCAACACUAAUACUUCUACUAUUACUGCUGAUAAUAAUAAUAAUAAUUUUCAACCAUUAAGUUCUUGGCUACGUAAUCUUUCACGUUGGUUAGAUAUGUCGUCAGAUAUAAAUGAUUUUAUUUUGGGUCCAUUAUUCCCAUCUACAUCAAUUGCUGAUCGUUUACAAAAUGCGUCAACUACUGUAGACUCAACAUUAGAAGAUUAUACAUUUUGGAAUUUUGGAAAUAUUAUCUCAUCAGAUACAAGUGUAAAUUAUUCUUGUCCUUCUACUUCUUCUCCAUCAACAUCAUCACCGUCAUCAUCAUUAUCAGUUGAUAUGGAUAUUGAUAAUAAUCCACCGAGUGCAAAACUUCUAGCAUUCAGUGAAAACUAUGAACUUGCUUCAAAAUUAAUUAACUCUAUAGUGAAACGAAUAAAAUAUAGUUUAAUUGUCCAAGAUAAUGAUAAUGAUAAUUAUAAUAAUGAAACGGGUAAUAAUAAGAAAAAUUCAAAAGUUACUUCGAAAACUACUGAUUGCGGAGUUAGUAGCAGUGGAAGCAGUAGUUUAAAUCCGUUAAGUCGACAAUUUUGGACAUCUAGACGCUUUUCCAGACGUUCUACUUCAGAUAAUGACAAUACCACGAUGAACUCAUCUAAUUCCAGAAGCAAUAAUAAUAAUAAUAAUGCUAAAGUUAGUGGAAACACUUUAAGGAACCUUUUACCGCCACAAUCUUCAUCUCUUUUAGUUUCCACAAAUUUAUUUACGCUAGUCCAACGAUUGGCUAGUUUAUGUCAACCGAAAUCACUGGAUACACUUGUACAACGUCCAAGUGGUCGACGCGCUGCUGCUGCUGCUGCUGAGGUAGUUGUUAAUAAUGGACCAACAAUUCUUUCUCUACCAAAUGAAAUUAAUGAAGAAGACGAUGAUCAAGUUGUAGCGUUUGUUGUCGCUGAUACAGAAAUUCAAGUCAAUUUAUAUCCAACUGACAAUAAUGCACCUACAGUGCCUGGUUCAAAUAUUCAAGUGCUGGUUACACAAACAGAAUAUAAUCCAGCCACUACUUCUACUGCUUUUAAUAGUAGUUCAGCAAUAUCAACCACAUCUAAUCACUCUCCUGUUAGACAAUUAUCACAAACUGUUCCAUUCGAUGCCAAUUUAAGUCUUUCCGAAGCGAUUGAACGUUUUCAUUUAGAUUUUAUGAGUUUCUAUGAACGUUUACGUACACUCGGCUCAUCUAUACCACAUACUACAACUAUUAUAUCGUAUCCAGUAACACCAACAGUGGGACUAUCAAACUCUACCAAACCUCAAAUAUCUGAUCGUGUAACCAAAACUACAGAAGAUAUUAAUCAUAAAAUUAUUGUCAAUUCUCAUAAUUCUGCUAAACAUUAUCUGGAACGUGUUGCGCAACGCGCUCGUAAUGUAAUUUGGUCAGCUGCUUGUGAAUGGAGAUCAUUGAGACAUAGUGUGGCGUAUACAUUGAUUGGGUCCGAACGUACUUUAAGGUUACGUGGUUGUCACGAGCAUUUCUUUAAUGGUGGCUUGGCAGAACGACGAAUUCAUGGACUUGGACAUUUGUUAAGAGCUUCAUUCGCAGCACAUUCUCGUCAUGCUGUUGUUUCACGUGGCUGUUCAUUGUCAUGCAAUGCAAGUGAUUGUAAGACAUCAGGACAUCGAUAUUGUUGGUCACAAUUGAGAACUCACCCUAUUCAUUGGUGGUGGUGGUCUUAUUGUGUUCCAUUUGAUGUUGUACCAAAAUCACAACUAAAAGAUAUUCCAAACGGUUGUCGUUUAAAUAAUCCACCAACUAUAUUGGACGUAGCUGAAUCAGCUGUGUGUGUUGCAGCAACAGAAGAUGCUCGUUUCCUGUGGCGUUUAUUACUUCCACCAUUGGAAAAUUACGCCAUUGGUAAUCCUAGCAUAUCAGCUGGUGAUUCUUCUUCACAACAACAAAUAAGUCAACAUAAUUCAAUGUCUCCUAUGUCUAAAAUGCAUUCUUCAUAUUCCUCAUCUGUGAACAGUCAGUCCACUAUCAGUCUUCUUUGGGAUGUGGAUAUCACAUCGUUGUUUAUCAGCCUGUUACAUUUACGUCCAGGUCUUGAAGAAUUCAGUGUGCAUGAUUGUCAAUGUACACGUUUAGCCAGUGAAGCUGAUGCUGAUAUCACAUUUGAAUCUGGUGCAGCUUCAUUGGGUGCUCAUUUAUUGGCUUGUGAUGAAGGAAGAAUACGUCAGCCAAUUGGUGAUAGUCAUGAAUCACAUUUAUUACGUUUAUGUUAUACAGCAUUGUUAGUACAAACAUUACUAGCAUGGAAUCCUAAUAUGAAUUGUUUAAAUUAUCUAAAAAAGCAUAAACUUAUACCGGAUUCGUGUACAUGGAAUGAUGCUUAUACAAAAUCAGCUCAUUGGAAUACACCUCAGUUGAUCGAAGUAUGGCGUUUACUACGUGAUCUUUCCGGUCUUUCUACAAUGAAUUCAUCAUUUUCUAUUAAUGAUGAAAAUCAUGAUCCGCAAAUUAUGGCUCAAUCGUUAGGUUUAUUUUUACGUGCUAAUUGUCUACCAUUUCUACGUAUUGCUGCUUUUGUUAUACAUAAAAUUACAGGUGUCGAUGUGCCAAGUGAUUUGCAUCAGUCAACCAGUUCAUUAGCAAAUACUAGUUCAGAUACUAUGAAUGAACAUAGUCUAUUGUUAGCCUACUUAGGCUUACCAUUAACGCCUAGUGAUUUGUUAAUCUUGUUAACAUCACCUGAAUCCAACUCGUUCAAUGUAUCACCAUCAAACACAACAGCACCAAUGUCAUCGUCAUCAUCAUCGUCGACAAACUCGUUGAAUUUUAUUCAACCUGAGAAAUUAUUGCAUAUUUCUUUGUUAUCCGAAUCAUUAUGGUUAGCACGUUUAAUAACAAGUUGGUGUUUAACUGGUCGUCAGUCAUUAAGUCGUCAAAUUUAUCAAUCAUUAUACAAUCGUUAUGUAAACAACGACAAAACAAACAAUACAUUAUCAAUAAUACAUGAUUUAAUCCCUUAUCCAAAUGCACAUUUACCAAAUUUAAUUCAAUUACCAAAAGAAUACACUAAUUUGCUGUUAUUGGCUACAGAUAUGGACUGCCACGCAGAAGGUCAUACACAUAGUGAUUUGAGUUUAUGUCUUGUUUGUGGACAUUUGGCUUGUUUAUUCUGUUAUGGUUGUCGACAAUUUGAACAAAAAACUGAUUCAAGUAUAUUUGGUAGUGGUACAAGUACAACAAUAAUUUCGAACAAUAAUAACAGUAGUAGCAGUAGUAAUAAUAAUAAUAAUAAUAAUCAAGAGUUUGCUGUCUACCGUAUGCAAGCUCAUUCUAGACGUUGUCAUUCCGGCUAUAGUCUCUUACUGCGUAUUCAUUCAUGUCGUGUAAUUUUAUUGUCGGAUCAAGCCAGACGAAUUACUGAGAUGCCUGCACCAUAUCGAGAUUCUUUUGGUGAAACUGAUCCUGAUUUACGCCGUGGAAAUCCUCUAUUUCUUGUGGAAUCUGAAUAUGAACGUAUUAAUCAGUUAUGGAUUAGUCAUCAAUUGGCCUCCAGUACAUCAUCUGAUUUGAUUACACCUUCAAAUUUACAAUUCGGUCUAUAUUAA